AUGGGCGAACAUAAUCUUCUUAAUCCCGGGUUUGUGGGACCUUUGGUAAACAUCCACACCGGAGACACGUUUUACUUUCCAAAUUUUAGAGCUUCUGGGGGACAGCUGGCGGGGCUACCGUCUCUUUCGUACCCGAGAAGGGACAAUGUUUGCUCCCUCCCGUGGAAUCCUUCGGAGCCGUGCAAUGGAUACUCCCAAUCCUACUUUAGCAGCCAGGUUUCUAUUAACCCCUCUUUCAAUCGCUCUUGUGAAAUUAGCAGACCAGACGAGGGCAAGUGUUAUUACAGCAACAACAGCGGCAGCAGGGAGACCUGCUCAGGUGGCAGCAGCCUCAAGCGCGAGGACAGGGUGAGAGACUCUUCAUCCCUCUCUGACCACGGGAUGCACGCAGGGAUUGGUACCGCAGUUCCCUUUUCCAAAUAUGAUUACGGAAGCGAGCAGCUCACACAAGACCCGCCAUCCUGUCAGUCACUGGAGUCCGACUCCAGCUCGUCUCUGCUCAAUGAGAGCAGCAAGCCUUCCUCCAGCGACACACAGACCCUGGUGUCACCGGGAAGCCAUUCGGGCACCAUAACCACUGGCACAGGAGGUGCUCCGUGGUACCCGAUGCACACCCGGACCAGAAAGAAGCGUAAGCCCUACUCCAAGCUGCAACUGGCCGAGCUUGAAGGUGAAUUCAUGUUGAAUGAGUUCAUCACGAGACAGCGGCGGAGGGAGCUGUCAGACCGUCUGAGUCUCAGCGACCAACAAGUCAAGAUUUGGUUCCAAAACCGCCGGAUGAAGAAAAAGAGACUCAUGUUGAGAGAGCAAGCUUUGGCCUACUUUUAG